GGAGGGUUAACAUGCGGAGGAAACACGUGCUGCUGCAGAGCAGUAAGAAGGCUGUGCUACAGAGUGUGCUUUAGUGGGAGAGGGAAAUAGAGAGCAGUCAUACACUCAUUACACCUGACUAGUCUUUUUGGUCAGUAGUGAGCAACAUGAGGAAUCAGAUAGACCUGCUGGCCACUGUCACGGUUCUGGGAGUCCUGGAGCAAGCCUAUUUUGUGCUGCAGGUGAUCUACGCCAGGCGCAAGUUCAAGAUCUCACCUCCGGAGACAACGGGCCACCCUGAAUUCGAGCGAAUCUUCCGAGCUCAGGUGAACUGCUCUGAGUACUUCCCCAUCUUCGUCUCGCUCCUCUGGGUGGCCGGGAUCUUCUUCCAUCAAGGCGCCGCGGCGGCCUCGGGGCUCCUCUACCUCUGCGCCCGCCUCCAGUACUUCCACGGCUACGCGCGGGCGCCGCACGGGCGGCUGGGGCCCCUCUACGCCAGCGCCCGGCUGCUCUGGCUGCUCCUGGGCCUGGCCGUCGCCGGGCUCCUCGGCCACUUCCUGCCCCUCGGCGCCGCCGCCGCUGCCGCCCUGGGCGGCCGCCUGCGCCUCCUCCUCGGCGCCCCGUAG